CUUCCCCGCGGGGCCGGAAGGCGGCAGAGAGCGGUUGGAGAGGCUCCCUCCCAAGAUGGCGGCGGUGCUGCAGCAGCUCCUGGAGCGGGCCGAGCUGGCCAAGCUGCCCAAGCCGGUGCAGGGGAAGCUGGAGCGCUUCCUGGCCGAUCAGCAGAGCGAGAUCGACGGGCUCCGAGCCAGGCACGAGCGCUUUAAGGUGGACAGCGAACAACAGUAUUUUGAAGUGGAAAAGCGUCUGGCUCAAAGUCAAGAGAGACUUGUAAACGAGACACAGGAAUGUCAGACUCUCCGUCAGGAGCUAAACAAACUUAAUGAGCAGUUGAAGUCAUUGAAUGAGAAAAACAAAGAACUUGAAGCGGCUCAUGAUCGCAAUACAGCCAUACAGAGUCAGCUUACUAGAGCAAAAGAAGAAUUGGAAGGUGAAAAGAGAGAUUUGGUUCGAACGAGUGAGAGACGCUCUCAAGAAAUUGAACACUUAAAUGAGGAUGUUAAACGUCUAAAUGAGAAACUUACAGAAGCAAACACAGCAAAAGUGGAGCUACAAUUAAAGCUGGAUGAGCUUCAAACAUCGGAUGUCUCUGUCAAGUAUCGUGAGAAAAGGUUGGAGCAAGAAAAGGAAUUAUUACAGAAUCAGAACACGUGGCUGCACACUGAGUUGAAAGCCAAAACAGAUGAACUCCUGCUUAUUGCCAGGGAAAAGGGAAAUGAAAUCCUUGAGCUUAAAUGUAGUCUGGAGAACAAGAAAGAAGAGGUUUCCAGAAUGGAGGAGCAGGUAAACAGCUUAAAAUUGUCAAAUGAAAAUUUACAGAAACAUGUGGAAGAUCUUUUGACUAAAUUGAAGGAGGCAAAAGAACAGCAAGCUGGUAUGGAAGAAAGAUUCCAUAAUGAACUAAAUGCCCAUAUAAAGUUAUCUAACUUGUACAAGAGUGCUGCAGAUGAUUCAGAAGCAAAGAGCAAUGAGCUGACACGAGCAGUAGAGGAGCUGCACAAACUUUUGCAAGAAGCAGGUGAAGCUAACAAAGCAACAGAGGAUCAUUUGGCUGAGAUGGAGGAGUCUAAAACUGCAAUGGAAAAAGAACUCAGAGAGAAGAUUAGCAAGUUAGAGAAAGAACUGGAGAAUGCUAAUGAUUUACUUUCUGCUACAAAACGUAAAGGAGCUAUACUGUCUGAGGAAGAGCUGACAGCUAUGUCUCCUACUGCUGCAGCAGUAGCCAAAGUGGUGAAACCUGGAAUGAAGUUAACCGAGCUUUACAAUGCGUAUGUGGAAACACAGGAUCAGCUACUUCUGGAGAAGCGGGAAAAUAAGAGAAUUAAUAAGUAUUUGGAUGAAAUAGUACAGGAAGUGGAAGCCAAAGCACCAAUUUUAAAACGGCAACGUGAAGAGUAUGAACGAUCACAAAAAGCUGUAGCCAGUUUGUCUGCUAAGCUUGAACAAGCUAUGAAGGAAAUUCAGCGAUUGCAAGAGGACACUGAUAAAGCCAAUAAGCAUGCUUCUGUACUGGAAAGAGAGAACCAAAGACUGGAAAUACAAGUGAAAGACCUUUCACAGCAGGUGAGAGUGCUUUUAAUGGAACUUGAGGAAGCCAGAGGCAAUCAUGUAAUUCGUGAUGAAGAAGUGAGCUCUGCUGACAUAAGUAGCUCUUCUGAAGUAAUAUCCCAGCAUCUAGUGUCCUACAGAAAUAUUGAGGAACUUCAGCAGCAGAAUCAGCGUCUCUUGGUGGCUCUUCGGGAGCUUGGGGAGGCUAGAGAAAAAGAGGAACAAGAAACAACUUCAUCUAGAAUUUCUGAGCUGCAGAGUCAACUUGAGGAAGCCAUCCAUGAGUUAGAGAAACUGCGUGAAGCACGUCAUGUUCAACUGCAGCUUGUAGACUCUAUAGUUCGUCAGCGUGAUAUGUACCGCGUACUGUUAGCUCAGACAACUGGAGUUGUCAUUCCAGUGCAAGCUUCAAGUAUGUUGCCAGAGGAGAUUUCUUUUACAUCAACCCCAAAACGUUCAAGUAUGCCUCAGGCCAUGUCAACUCCUGCUCCAGUAUCAAUGACUGAGUCAGCAGAGGCAGUAGAGGCUAAGGCUGCACUUAAACAGUUGCGGGAAGUUUUUGAGAACUACAGAAAAGAAAAGGCAGAGAAUGACAAACUGCUAAAUGAACAAAAUGAAAAACUUCAGGAGCAAGUCACAGACUUGCGGUCACAGAAUGCUAAGAUGUCCACCCAACUUGAAUUUGCCUCCAAACGUUAUGAGAUGCUGCAGGAUAAUGUUGAGGGAUAUCGUCGAGAAAUAACAUCCCUUCAGGAGAGAACUCAAAAGCUCACAGCAACAACUCAAAAACAGGAACAGAUAAUUAACACCAUGACCCAGGACUUAAGAGGAGCUAAUGAAAAGCUGGCUAUGGCAGAGGUGAGAGCAGACAACUUGAAAAAAGAGAAGGAUAUCUUGAAGAUGGCUGAAGUUCGUCUGACCCAGCAGCGAGAAUCUUUAUUAGCUGAGCAAAGGGGACAAAAUUUACUGCUUACUAAUCUGCGAACUAUUCAGGUGAUAUUGGAGAGGUCCGAGACAGAGACUAAACAAAGACUCAACAACCAGGUAGAGAAACUAGAGCGUGAGAUAUCUCAACUAAAGAAGAAACUAGAGAAUGAGGUGGAACAAAGGCACGUGCUUACCAAAAACCAAGAUGUUCAUCUGUUGGAUACUAAGAGACAACUUGAGACUGAAAUGAACCGUCACCUUAACACAAAGGAACUGCUGAAGAAUGCCCAAAAAGAGAUUGCCACAUUGAAACAGCAGCUGAAUAAUACUGAAGCUCAGUUAGCCUCCCAGACAUCGCAGCAGGCUCCUGGGAAAGGACAGUCUAGUGCAAAUGAGGAUGUGGAUGAUCUUGUUAGUCGACUAAGACAAGCUGAGGAACAAGUUAAUGACCUGAAGGAAAGACUGAAGACUACUACUAGUAAUGUGGAACAGUACAGAGCUAUGGUUCUUAGUCUAGAAGAAUCCCUUAAUAAAGAAAAACAGGUGACCGAGGAAGUUCGUGCAACUGUUGAAGCCCGUUUGAAGGAUUCUUCUGAGUAUCAAGCCCAGCUAGAAAAGAAGUUGAUGGAGGCAGAGAAGGAAAAGCAAGAACUUCAGGAUGAGAAACGUAAAGCUAUAGAGAACAUGGAGCAACAGCUAUCUGAACUGAAGAAGAGUCUCUCUAAUGUGCAAUCUGAAGUCCAGGAAGCUCUUCAAAGAGCAAGCACAGCAAUAAAUAAUGAACAGCAAGCCAGGCGUGACUGUCAGGAACAAGCAAAGAUAGCUUCAGAAGCUCAAAAUAAGUAUGAACGGGAAUUGAUGCUUCAUGCAGCUGAUGUUGAGGCCUUGCAGGCUGCUAAAAGUCAAGUUGCUAAGAAUUCAGCAAUAAGGCAGCAGUUAGAGGAAGCUACUCAGAAAGCUGAAUCUACACUUCUGGAGUGCAAAGCCUCAUGGGAGGAGCGGGAGAGAAUGUUAAAGGAUGAAGCUGCAAAGCUUGGGUCUCGCUGUGACGACUUAGAAAAACAAAACCGAUUAUUACAUGAGCAACUGGAAAAUCUAAGUGACAAGAUGGUGACCUCUGUGAAGGAAUCCAUGCCAAGUGCAUUGAAUGUUUCUCUCAAUGAAGAAGGCAAAUCACAAGAACAAAUCUUAGAAAUUCUCAGAUUUAUACGCCGAGAGAAGGAGAUUGCGGAAACAAGGUUUGAGGUGGCCCAGGUGGAGAGCUUGCGUUAUCGUCAAAGGGUGGAUCACCUGGAAAGGGAGCUCCAGGAGUUGCACGAUAGUCUGAACGCAGAGAGAGAAAAGGUGCAGAUAACAGCAAAAACAAUUGCUCAGCAUGAAGAACUAAUGAAAAAGACGGAAACCAUGAAUGUGUUGAUAGAAACCAACAAGAUGCUGAGAGAAGAGAAAGAGAGACUAGAACAAGAACUACAACAAAUGCAGGCAAAGGUGCGUAAGCUAGAGGCAGACAUCCUACCUUUACAAGAGUCUAAUGCUGAGCUAAGUGAAAAAAGUGGAAUGCUUCAGGCAGAAAAGAAGCUGUUGGAAGAGGAUGUCAAACGUUGGAAAGCCCGGACCCAGCAUUUACUGAGCCAACAGAAAGACACUGAUCUUGAAGAAUAUCGGAAACUCCUUUCAGAGAAGGAGGCAAAUACCAAACGCAUACAACAGAUGAGUGAAGAAACAGGCAGGCUUAAAGCAGAAAUAGCAAGAUCUAAUGCAUCUCUGACUACAAGCCAGAAUCUGGUCCAGACCCUCAGAGAUGAGCUAUCUAAAAUAAGAACUGAAAAGGACACUCUUCAGAAGGAGCUAGAGAAUAAAGUGGCUGACAUACAAGAAAAAGUCAAAACUAUAACACAGGUCAAGAAAAUUGGACGACGAUACAAGACUCAGUAUGAAGAGCUGAAAGCACAAUAUGACAAGGUGGUUGCUGAGACAUCAACACAGUCUUAUGCAGAAGAACAAGAACAGCAAGCUUCUGUCCAGGAAAUACAAGAACUGAAAGAGUCUCUCAGCCAGGCUGAGGUAAAGACAAAAGCCCUGGAGAAUCAGAUUGAAAAUUUACAGAAGACUAUAGCAGAGAAAGAAAGUGAAGCCAGAAGUCUUCAGGAACAGAUAUCUCAGCUACAGUCAGAACUUUCUCGUCUUCAUCAAGAUUUGCAAGAGAGAACAACACAGGAAGAACAGCUCAGGCAACAGAUAACUGAGAAGGAGGAGAAGACUAGGAAGACCCUGCUGGCUGCCAAGCAGAAAAUUGCACAGUUAGCUGGUACAAAAGAACAGCUGACAAAAGAAAAUGACGAGUGGAAACAAAAGAGUAGUGCAUUAGAAGAGCAAAAGACUGAGUUGGAGGUGCGGAUGAGUGCACUCAAAUCACAGUAUGAAGGUCGCAUUUGCCGCCUGGAGAGAGAGCUAAGAGAGCAACAAGAGAGGCACCACGAACAGCGAGAUGAGCCUCCAGAGUCUACUAAUAAGGUUCCGGAACAGCAGAGGCAGAUUACACUCAAAUCUACUCCAGCUUCAGGUGAAAGAGGAAUUGCUAGCACUUCAGAUCCACCAACAGCAAACAUUAAGCCAACACCUGUUGUGUCAACUCCAAGUAAAGUGACUGCUACCGCCAUACCCGGGAGUAAAUCUACUCCAAGAGCAAGUAUCCGUCCAAUGGUUACUCCUGCUACAGUUACAAAUCCAACCACUACUCCAACAGCUACAGUUAUGCCUACAACACAGGUGGAAACCCAAGAAGCUAUGCAGUCAGAAGGACCAGUAGAGCAUGUUCCGGUCUUUGGAAGCACAAGUGGAUCUGUACGCUCCACCAGUCCUAAUGUCCAGACAUCUCUCUCUCAACCCAUCUUAACUGUUCAGCAACAGACUCAAGCUACAGCUUUUGUGCAGCCCACUCAGCAAAGUCAUCCUCAGAUUGAGCCAGCAACUCAAGAGCCACCCCCCACCAUUGUAGAGGUCGUACAGAGCUCACAGAUAGAAAGGCCCUCCACUUCCACAGCAGUGUUUGGUACAGUUUCAGCUACCCCAAGUUCUUCCUUGCCCAAGCGUCCACGAGAGGAGGAAGAGGAUAGCACAGUAGAAAACUCGGAACAAAUUUCAGAGGAAACAGUGGAUAUACCUCUUCCAAAGAAACUGAGAAGCGUACAGAGAGUUGGACCUGAGGAGGAAGUCACGGCAGAAGAAAGCACUGACGGUGAGGUAGAAACUCAAAUUUACAAUCAAGAUUCUCAAGACUCCAUUGGAGAAGGGGUCACCCAGGGAGAGUACGCUCCCAUGGAAGACAGUGAAGAAACGUCUCAGUCCCUCCCGAUAGAUCUUGGACCUCUUCAGUCCGAUCAACAGAAUACCUCAUCGUCCCAGGAUGGCCAGUCCAAGAGAGAUGAUGUCAUUGUGAUUGACAGCGAUGAUGAAGAGGAUGAUGAUGAGGAAAAUGAAGGCGAGCAAGAAGAUUAUGAAGAUGAGGAAGAGGAGGAUGAAGAUGAUGAUGAAGAUACAGGAAUGGGGGAUGAAGGUGAUGAUAGUAAUGAAGGAACUGGGAGUGCUGAUGGCAAUGAUGGAUAUGAAGCAGAUGAUGCUGAGGGUGCUGAUGGUACAGAUCCUUGUACAGAAACUGAAGAGAGCAUGGGAGGUGGAGAAAGCAACCAGAGAGCAGCAGACUCUCAAAACAGUGGCGAAGGAAGUACAAGUGCUGCAGAGUCCACUUUCUCCCAUGAAAGUUCAAGAGAACAGCAGCCAACAUCUGCCUCAGAAAGGCAGGCUCCUCGGCCACCUCAGUCACCACGCAGACCACCACAUCCUCUACCUCCACGACUGACUAUUCAUGCUCCACCCCAGGAACUGGGACCACCAGUACAGAGAAUCCAGAUGACUCGGAGGCAGUCAGUGGGACGUGGGCUUCAACUAACUCCUGGUAUAGGGGGCAUGCAGCAACACUUUUUUGAUGAUGAAGACAGGACAGUUCCAAGCACCCCAACUCUUGUGGUACCACAUCGUACAGAUGGAUUUGCAGAAGCAAUUCAUUCCCCCCAGGUGGCUGGAGUUCCCAGAUUCAGGUUUGGGCCUCCAGAAGAUAUGCCACAGACUAGUUCCAGCCACUCCGAUCUUGGCCAACUUGCAUCACAAGGAGGUUUAGGAAUGUAUGAAACACCACUCUUCCUUGCCCAUGAAGAAGAAUCUGGUGGCCGCAGUGUCCCAACAACUCCGCUGCAAGUUGCAGCACCAGUGUCUGUUUUUACUGAAAGUACCUCAGCUGAUCCUUCAGAGCAUGCUUCUCAGUCUGUUCCAAUGGUGACAACAUCCACUGGCAGUUUAUCCACUACUACUGAAUCUGGAGUGGGUGAUGAUGGGGAUGAGGUUUUUGUGGAGGCAGAAUCUGAAGGAAUUACAUCAGAAGCUGGUCUAGAAAUUGAUAGCCAGCAAGAAGAAGAAUCUGUUCAAGCAUCUGAUGAGUCAGACCUCCCUUCCACCAGUCAGGAUCCUCCUUCCAGCUCAUCAGCAGACACAAGCAGUAAUCAGCCAAAGCCUUUCCGGCGUGUCAGACUUCAGCCACCAACAUUAAGAACUGGUGUCCGUGGUCGUCAGUUUAACAGACAGAGGGGUGUAACUCAUGCAAUGGGAGGCAGAGGAGGCCUAAACAGAGGCAAUAUUAGUUAAAAGUUCUGUAAAGUAAUUGAAGCUGUGUAUACAGACUGUCAGAUUGGCUACUGUUGCUUAAGUGUAAUGAUUGCAGCGCUAAAAGCAGCAUUUUGUACGUAGAUUGAUGUGCGCACAUUUCAAUGUCUUUAUUAAUAAAAUUAGACAAACUCAAAGUAAAA